AUGGCACCAUUCUGGGCGAACCACAGCUGUGAUCCUUUCUAUCCUACUCAGAGUCAGUGCGUCGUAGGUACCUACGUCCAAUAUGCAGUGAAUGCCAGCUGCGCGUCAGACUAUCAAGCUACACUUGCAUUUGCGACGAAGCGAAAUCUGCGUUUGGUAGUCAGGAACACAGGGCAUGAUUACUUUGGAAAAUCUUCGGGUGAUGGUGCCUUAGCUAUCUGGACGCAUAAUAUUCGGGACUUUAAAUUUCUGGAUUAUGCUUCGAAGGGAUACACAGGAAAAGCUAUGGUGAUUGGUGCCGGACUGCAGGUUCUAGAGGCUACUACUCUGGCUCAUACACAGGGUUUGACGAUUGUUGGGGGGGCUACUGCCAGCGUAGGUAUUUCAGGGGGUUAUACUCAGGGUGGUGGUCAUGGCCCACUACUGUCGAAGUAUGGAUUUGGUGCAGACCAGGUUUUGGAAUGGGAGGUGAUCGCUCUUGAUGGACAACAUAUGAGAGUAUCUCCAUAUCACAAUCAAGCUCUAUAUUGGGCGUUAAGCGGCGGCGGCGGUGGAACUUACGGGCUAGUCCUUUCAAUGACAGUCAGAGCGUACCCGGAAGAAGUGACAACAGCCGCGAAUCUCACAUUCACCAAUCAAGGCGUCUCCCAAGAUCUAUUCUACAGCGCUGUGGCAGCCUUUCAUAAUGUCCUCCCUGCUCUAACAGACGCGGGUAGCGUGGCUAUCUGGACACUGCAGACCACAGGAUUCAGUUUAGCUCCAGCUACAGGACCAGGCAUGACGAAAGGAAAGAUGGAUGAGAUCUUUGCACCUGUAUUACAGGUGCUGACCGAUCUUCAGAUCUCAUACUCAUAUACAUCCGUCGAGUUUCCUAACUUUUACGAAAGUGCCAUUGCUAUGAAUCCUCCUUCGGAGACUUCUAUUUUCCAAAUCGGCAGUCGCUUGCUCCCUCGUUCGGUUUUGGCUACUAACUCAAGUGGGUUGAUAGAUGCUCUUGCGAGUAUAUGCUCCUAUGGUGCUGGGAUUAGCGGACUUGCUUUCAAAGCUCCUUCGAACUCUUCAUUCCCCAACUCAGUCAAUCCCGUCCUUAGAAGUAGUAUGGUUAGUUUCGUAGUAGGAACCUGGUGGAAUAGAACUGAUUGGGAAGCAAACCUCGAGAACCAAGUACUACUGACAGAUACUUUGCUUCCACUAAUAGAAGAAUUUACACCGGAUGGAGGAUCUGCAUAUUUAAAUGAAGGGGAUAUCCGGGAGAAAGAGUGGCAGCGGGUGUUUUACGGUGAUAAUUAUGAAUCUCUUCUUAGUAUCAAAAAUGAGGUUGAUUCUAAGGGCCUUCUAUGGGGCCGGACAGCAGUAGGAAGUGAAUCCUGGGAAGAAGAUUCGAAUGGGAGACUUUGUAAAGUUGAUAUUUAA